CCAGCCAAUUUUUGGGAGGAAAAAACACGCAGCUGCUCUGGCAGACAGACACGGAAAGGCUGCCCUCUAGCGGAAGACAGAGGGAGGAUUCUGCCCCGGAGGCUGAGGCGCGAGCUGCCGGGAGGGAGCCUGGGCGAGAGAAGCCGCGGGUCUGAGGCUGCUGUGCGGUGCCUGGAGCUUGAAACGAUACACAAGACGUCCGCCACCACCUUUUGUGGCACUUUCGGACCCCAGAGAGGGGAAGCUCUGGAUCAGGCUGUGUCUGGCGCUGGGGCAGCCGUGGGAGGAAGGAGGAGAGCAGAGGUGGGGAGGGGGCGUGCCCGGAAGCUGGCGCUCCUUGUUGGCGUCAACCAAGUCCGGCCGAAAGGGAGAAAGCGGCCAUGGUUUAAGCGGGGCUGUCGCUAAAACCCUGCAAGUCAGAGAACCCCUGUGCCCAUCCUCACCCCUGCCGCUGAUUACGUGUGGGUAUUGUCGUGAACAGAUGCCCCUCCUGAACUGCCGGUUCCUCAGGGGUUACAGGGAACAGCGCCUCGCCCACCUGGUUCUGAGCGUGAUGACCAUGGGCUACGUGUGGCAGAGAGGAGAGAACCAGCCCCAGGAGGUUCUGCCAAGAAAUCUUGCCAUUCCCCUCGUCGAAGUCUCCAGGAGCUUGGGACUCCCUCCUAUCCUGGUCCAUUCAGACCUGGUGCUGACAAACUGGACCCCUAGGAAUCCAGAGAGACCCCUGGAAAUCGGGAACUUGGACAUCAUUGUCUCAUUUCCUGGGGGAGAGAGCCUGCGUGGCUUUAUACUGGUGACUGUUUUGGUGGAGAAAGCAGCAGUACCUGGGAUUAAGGCACUUGUUCAGGCGGUGAAUGCCAUCUUGCAGUGCAGCCAGAACUCCCUGCUCCAAGCCCUGCAACGACUGAAACUCUCCAUUCAGGAUAUCACCAGAACCUUAGGACAAAUGCAUGAUUAUGUUGAUCCAGACAUAUUUUAUGCAGUCAUCCGGAUCUUUCUCUCUGGAUGGAAGGAUAACCCAGCAAUGCCUGUGGGGUUGAUCUAUGAAGGAGUCUCCACAGAGCCCCUGGAAUACUCUGGAGGGAGUGCAGCUCAGAGCACAGUGCUUCAUGCCUUUGAUGAGUUCUUAGGCGUUUGUCAUAGCAAGGAAAGUGCUGAUUUUCUCCAUAGGAUGAGGGAGUACAUGCCUCCUUCCCAUAAGGCCUUUAUAGAAGAAAUCCACUCAGGCCCCUCACUGAGAGACCACAUCUUGUCCUCUGGAAAUGGCCAACUUCUGACGGCCUAUAACCAGUGUGUGGAGGCCCUGGCAGACCUGCGGAGCUAUCACAUCACAGUGGUGACCAAAUACCUCAUCAUAGCAGCCACCAAAGCAAAGGGCAGGAGGCCGAACCAUCUCCCUGGGCCAUCUCAAGCCUUAGAAGAGAGGGGCACAGGCGGGACUGAAGUUCUGAGCUUCCUGAAGAGCGUCAGGGAUAAGACCUUGGAGGCAAUUCUCCACCAAAGUGAUUAAAAGACUGUCUUCUGCCCAACAGCGCAAAACCGGCAAACAUGGGUUUUCCCUUACUCUCUCCCCCAUUGGAGGGCACGUGGGCCCGGAGAAUAAGAAUGUCUGGAAUAAUCUAAAAGGGACCUCAGCCUUAGUUAUACUCCUGCUCUACAGAACACCAACUCCUCCUUUAUUGAGAGCUGUUAGUCUUCACAGAGAAGAAUUUUCAUGGCCAGAAACUUUCCUUUCCCUACCUGAUUACUGGUUAAUAGCGAAUAGCUUUGAACACUUCCUCAUUCAGAACCCCACAGAGGAGCGAGUGUACCCUUAUUCUAUUUGCAAAGUGAUAGAAAAUCAAUCUAAAUUUCAAAAACCAAAUAAAAUUGCCUGUAGACAGA